AUGUCGUUCAACGUCCUGAACACGAACGCAGUCGACCUGCAGCAGUCGCUAUCUGAAAACAAACUCACCAGCGUUGAGGUGGUACAGCAAUAUUUCGCCCAGAUCGACCGACAUGAGAGUGAGCUCAAUGCAUUCAUCUCCCCCGCCCCGCGCGACAAGGUGCUUCGCGUCGCGAAGGCGCUCGACGAGGAGCGCCAGAAUGGACAACUUCGAAGCGCGCUCCACGGGAUACCAAUCGUACUGAAGGAUUGCUUCAUCACUGCUUCUAAACUGGGCAUGAGCACGACGGCCGGGUCGCUUGCAUUUGUGGGAUCCGAGGCUUCGAAGAACUCGGCUAUUGCACAGCGACUAAUCGACGCUGGCCUCAUCAUUCUGGGCAAAUCAAACAUGACGGAGUUUGCCGGCAUGAAAAUGACAAUGAUGAUGCCUGGAUGGUCGUCCCAUGGAGGCCAGACACUGUCGCCCUAUGUCAAGCAGAUCGAGGAGAACGAGACAAUAUUAGGACACUCCGCUCCUGGAGGAUCUUCGACCGGUUCUGCAGUUGCAGUCUCGGCCGGCUUCAGUCCGCUUGCCAUGGGCACAGAGACAAUCGGAUCAAUCAUCACUCCCUCCAGCCGCAAUGCCUUGUAUGCCCUCAAACCUACCAUUGGUGCCCAAGACGUCUCGGGGGUAUACACGAUGACGGAUUUCUACGAUAGCCCUGGCCCCAUGGCGAAAUGCGCAGCAGACGUAAGAGCUUUGGCAAGCAUUCUCCUGGGCCGCGACUUCAAUUCGCCAGACAUGGGCUCUUGGAAAGGCCUCUCGGUGGGAUUCGUCGACCACAAGCUAUGGGACUUGCCGGACGAGCUGUGCCGGCCGCACGAGGGCACUGUGGAGCAGACGGGAGAGGACUACAUCGACGUUAUUAGAACGCUCGAGAAGAACGGCUGUCCGCUAAAGUAUCCAGUGGAAGUACCGGAUACAUCAGUCCUACCAAACGUGAUUUCGCUUGCCCAUUGGGACUUCAAGCACAUCACCAUGCCGAGAUUCAUCGCGGCGUUUGACAAAUGUCCGAUGGGUAGCGUCGAGGACAUUAUCAAGUUUAAUGAGACGAACAAGGACCGAGCCAUGCCAGCUCCAUACACAGAGCAAAACGACCUUGAAAAGGCAAUGAACAGCAAUCAAGAUCCGGAAGACAUGGCAAAGAUAAAGGAGGAGCUUCGAACCAUGGGCAGGCAAAUCCUGGACAAGGCAUUCGACGACAAUGGUGUCAAUAUUCUGGUUGGUCCAGUGGACUCAGGCUUCUGCAUUCAUGCCUGUGCAGCGGGCUACCCUGUGGCUACGUUGCCGGUAGGUCAACUGCGCUACAAUGGGCGGCCAUUUGGCGCGGUGGCGAUAGCCAAGGGAGACGACGAAGAGUCGUUGCUUCGGCUGCAGGCCGCUUACGAAGCUGCGUGCAAACCUCGGCCGUUGCCCGACCUCUGA